GGAGCCCGUGUCUGGCUGAGACACAAAGAGCAGCUCCUCCCCUCCGCCGUCAGCGCCUGUGACCACUCGUCCCUGGUUCUCACCACCGACUACGGGAAGGUGAUCCAUCUACAGAGGGAGGAACUGAGCCGAGAGAUGGUGUACCCAAUGCACCCCAGCAGCAUCCAUGGGGUGGAGGACAUGUCCACGCUGGCAGAGCUGCAUGAGGCCGCCAUCAUGCACAACCUCUUCCUGCGCUACCAGAAAGACAACAUAUAUACUAACAUAGGUUCAAUUCUGGCCGCAGUAAAUCCCUAUAAGCAGAUAACCGGCCUGUACGACAGCACCGCGGUGGAUUUAUACAGCAGGCACCAGAUGGGGGAGCUGCCCCCCCACAUUUUCGCUGUGGCCAACGAGUGUUACCGCUGCCUGUGGAAAAGGCACGACAGCCAGUGUGUUCUCAUCAGCGGGGAGAGUGGCGCCGGGAAAACCGAGAGCACCAAGCUGCUCCUGAAGUUCCUCUCUGUGAUGAGUCAAAACUCGACCGGUACUCCGCUGUCCGAGAGGACCACCAGGGUGGAGCAGGCACUUGUUCAGAGCAGUCCCAUCAUGGAAGCAUUCGGGAAUGCAAAGACUGUAUACAACAAUAACUCCAGUCGCUUCGGGAAAAUGGAAAUAUUCAAGGAGGCUGUAUCAUUGACUGUAUCCUUUUUGAAACAUGAAAUAUUAAUUAACCGUGUGGUUAGGCAGAAUCCUGGUGAAAGGAACUACCACAUCUUCUACGCACUGCUAGCAGGGGCGGACAAAGAGCACAGAGACAUGUACCUAUUGUCUCAAGGUCCCGAGUCGUAUCAUUACCUGAGCCAGUCGGGCUGCGUGCAGGACAGCAGUCUUGAUGACAAACAGCUCUUUAACAGUGUGAUGGAAGCGCUUAAAGUAAUGGAAUUUACUGAGGAGGAGAUCAGAGAUGUGUUCAAGUUGCUGUCCGCUGUCCUCCAGAUGGGCAACAUUGAAUUCAUGACCGCCGGUGGAGCUCAGAUUACCUCAAAAGGAGUGGUCAGUAAUGUCAGCGAGCUGCUGGGUCUGGACUCCUUUCAGCUGUCGGAGGUGUUGACCCAACGCUCCAUGAUCCUCAGAGGAGAGGAGAUCUGCUCCCCACUCACUGUCGAACAGGCGGUGGACUCCAGAGACUCUGUUGCCAUGGCACUGUAUUCUCAGUGUUUCUCCUGGAUUAUAAUGAGGAUCAAUCAGAAGAUCAGAGGGAAGGACAACUUCAAGUCCAUUGGCAUUCUAGACAUCUUCGGAUUUGAGAACUUUGAGGUGAAUCGGUUCGAGCAGUUUAAUAUCAACUAUGCCAACGAGAAACUCCAGGAAUAUUUCAACAAGCACAUCUUCUCGCUGGAGCAGUUGGAGUACAACAGGGAGGGAAUCCAGUGGGAGGCCAUAGACUGGAUGGAUAACGCAGAGUGUCUGGAUCUCAUAGAGAAGAAAUUGGGCAUGUUGGCUCUUAUCAACGAGGAGAGUCGCUUCCCCAAAGGCACCGACUACACCCUUCUGGAGAAACUGCACAGCCGACAUGCUACUAACCCCUACUAUGUGAAGCCCAGAGUGACUGACCACCAGUUUGGCAUCAAGCAUUACGCCGGAGAGGUGUUAUAUGACGUACGUGGAAUCUUGGAGAAAAACAGAGACACUUUCAGAGAUGACAUCUUGUUUAUUCUUAAAGACAGCAGGCUUGACUUCAUCUAUGACCUCUUUGAGCGCGUUGGCAGCAGAAAUGGGGAUGAGACGCUGAAAAUGGGCACGGCCCGACGCAAGCCCACUGUCAGCUCACAGUUCAGGGAUUCUCUCCAUUCCCUGAUGGCUACGCUAAGUGCCUCCAACCCCUUUUUUGUGCGCUGCAUCAAACCAAACAUGGACAAGAAAGCCAACCAGUUUGAUCCUGAUGUCGUCCUGAACCAGCUGAGAUAUUCUGGGAUGCUUGAAACGGUGAAGAUUCGCAAGGCUGGGUUCCCUGUUCGCAGAACCUUUAAGGACUUCUAUGGCAGGUACAAGAUGAUACUGAAAAAGCACAAAAACAUGGACGAUGAGAGAAAGCACUGCUCAGAGCUCCUCACAAUCCACAAUGAAGACAAGACAGAGUGGCAGCUGGGAAAGACAAAGGUGUUCUUGAAGGAGGCCCUGGAGCAAAGGCUGGAGAAGGAGAGGGAAGAGGUGCGGCGCAGGGCUGGCAUGGUGAUCCGCGCCCACAUCCUCAGCUAUGUGGCAAGGAAACAAUACAAGCGGGUUCUGUCCAGCGUCGUCACCAUCCAGAAGAACUAUCGCGCUCACUUUUGGAGGCGCGUCUUCCUGCGCCUGCGUGUGGCGGCCGUCAUCCUCCAGAAGCAUCGCCGAGGCCAGCUCGCCCGAUCCCUCUGUUGCCAGCUCAAGGAGGAGAGGCAGAAACGGGAGGAGGAGGAGAGAAAGAAGAGAGAGGAGGAAGAAGAAAGGAGGCGAGUAGAGGAGGAGAGAAGGAGGAUGGAGGAGAGAAAGCAACUGGAGGAGCAGAGGAGAAAGGAGGAGGAAGAGCAACAGAGAUUGAAAGACGAGGAGCUUAAGAGGAGGGCAGAGGAGGAGGAGGAGGAGGAGCAGAGACUUAUUAAGGAAAGGGAGGAUGAGCAGAAAUUGGCAGCCAAAGGGGACAGAACACGGAACUCACUGUUGAAUGGUGCUUGUCCAAAGAAGGAUCUGUCCCAGACUCUGUCUAACAGCCACACCUCCGAGGAGGAGAGUCGUCAGAUGGAGGAGAUCCUGCGGCUGGAGAGGGAGAUCGAGCGGCUUCAGAAGCAGCAGGAAGACGGCGUGUCCCUCCUCGGGGACGUCUCCCGGGACGAGCUGCGUCAAAUGAGGGAUGCUGAGAUCUACAGACUGGAGAAGGAGGCCUCCCGCGUGGCCACAGAGUUCCUGGAGCUGCUGGACUUUGGUGGCUUGGAGCCAUCGCUGUCCAGCGAGGAGAACCUCCACGACCCAACAGAAUCUACAGCUCCUCUGGCUGAGGAGGAGGUGGACGAGGGUUUCCAUGCUGACGAAGAGUGCAUCCCUUUACCAGACUUCCCUCCCCCGGCUUCGGUUCCUCUUGAAAAGGAAGUAUUUCAAAGCAUUCCCCCUCCUCCGCCUGCAUUUGCAGAGGGACAACUGCUUUCCCCAUCCUCAGCUACUCCUCCUGCAGCGGCAAAGCUCGCCCCUGUUGUCUCCAAUGGACUCAAUCGAGCCCCGCUUCUUACAGACUCCCAGCCUCUCCCGUACCAGCCUCUCCAUCCUAUAGUAAUUAACGGAGAAAGGCGUCCAUGCCAGAGAACCAGCCGGGCGUCAGACUUUGAGCCAGUGAAAGAAGAGCCGUCCCACACGAACCUACCAGACGCCGAGUCGGACUAUGACCAGGACGAGUUCGAGGAGGCUCACGGGAGCUCAGGUGCUAGCACCAACGAUGGCCAAAUAACAGAUGACGAAGUGCUGGGAAGAUCCUCCUGCACCCAGAACAGCCUCGACUCCUUUAGAGGCAGCUCAGACUCGUUCAUCGAUAGUGACGAGGAUAACGAUGGCUAUGUGGACACGGAUGAGGAGGUUUCUAAUGGGAGAGUGAAUCUGCUGAAUGGGAGUGGGCCUCCUUACUUCCACGGCUACCUCUACAUGAAGAGUGGACUGAUGAUCCCAUGGCGUCGGCGCUGGUGUGUGCUCAAAGAUGAGACCUUCAUGUGGUACAGAGCAAAGCAGGACUCACUUAAAUCCGGCUGGCUUUACAAGAAAGGAGGAGGAAUGUCUACUUUAUCUCGGCGCAACUGGAAGAUGCGCUGGUUCGUUCUGCGCGAGUCAAAACUCAUGUACUUUGAGAACGACAGCGAGGAGAAGCUGAAAGGAACCAUCGAUAUCCGUACAACCAAGGAGAUAGUGGACAAUCACGAAAAAGAAAACGCGCUGAAUAUCGUGACCGAGGAGAGGACCUAUCACAUCUAUGCAGAGUCCCCUGAAGAUGCCAGUGGUUGGUUCAAUGUGCUGAGUCGGGUCCACAGCGCCAGCCCGGAGCAGCUCAUGGAGAUGCACCACGAACAGGCCAACCCAAAGAAUGCAGUGGGAACCCUAGAUGUGGGUUUGAUUGAUUCUGUUUGUGCAUCAGAUAACCCAGACAGACCCAACUCCUUUGUGAUCAUUACGGCCAACCGAGUGAUCCACUGCAACACAGACACACCUGAGGAGAUGCACCACUGGAUCGGCCUGCUGCAGAAAUCCAAAGGAGACAGCAGGGUUGACGGACAGGAGUUUCUUGUCAGAGGCUGGCUGCAUAAAGAAAUGAAGUCAGGAUCCAAGAGCACUUCUCUGAAGCUGAAGAAGCGCUGGUUCGUCCUCACGAUUAACUCCCUCGACUAUUACAAGUCGUCGGAGCGAAGCGCCACUAAACUGGGAACACUGGUCCUCAACAGUCUCUGCUCUGUGGUCCAGCCUGAUGAGAAAAUCUUCAAAGACACUGGUUACUGGAAUAUAAUUGUGCAUGGGCGUAAACACUCCUAUCGGCUUUACACCAAAAUGCUAAAUGAAGCUAUGCGGUGGGCGAACGCCAUACAGGGAGCAAUAGAUAGCAAAGUCCCUAUUGAAACACCAACGCAGCAGCUAAUCAGGGACAUCAAGGAGAGCAGUUUGAAUGUGGAGGCUGUGGAGCAGACGUACUGGAGGAAUCCCAUCCUGCGAUAUACCCAACAUCCUUUGCACUCCCCCCUUCUACCUCUGCCUUAUGGAGAUGUCAGUGUCCACUUGCAAAAGGAAAAGGGUUAUACCAGCUUGCAGGAUGAGGCUGUGAAGAUUUUCAACUCGCUGCAAGAGAUGGAGGCGGUGUCAGACCCUGUGCCAAUCAUCCAGGGGAUCCUGCAGACGUGUCAAGACUUGAGGCCAUUAAGGGAUGAGGUUUACUGUCAGCUCAUCAAACAGACCAAUCACGUCCCGCACCCUAACAGUCCUGCCAAUCGUGCUCACUGGCACCUCUUGACCAGUAUGAGCUGCACCUUCCUUCCCAGUCGAGGCAUCCUGCGCUACCUCAAGUUUCACCUGAAAAGAAUUAAGGAGCUAUUCCCCGGAACAGAAAUAGAAAUGUUUGCUCAUUUCAUUGGAGAGUCUCUCAAGAAGACCAAAACCAGGGAGUUUGUUCCUUCCCAGGAGGAAAUCAUGGCACUGCUCACCAGACAGGAAAUGACCACCACAGUCUACUGCCACGGAGGAGGCUCCUGCAAGAUCUCCAUUAACUCUCACACCACCGCUGGGGAAGUGGUGGAAAAACUGAUCAGAGGUCUUGCAAUGGAGGACAGCAGAAACAUGUUUGCACUCUUUGAACACAACAACACUGUUGACAAAGCCGUGGAAAGCAGGGUGCUUGUGGCUGAUGUUCUGGCUAAAUUUGAAAGACUGUCUGGCAGUGAGGAAGCUCGGGAUGAAGGCCAAUGGAAACUGUAUUUCAAACUGUACUGCUUUUUGGAUGUGGAAAGCAUGCCUAAAGAAGGAGUGGAGUUUGCAUUCAUGUUUGAGCAAGCCCACGAGAGUUUGACCCGGGGCCACUUUCCUGCCCGUGAAGAGACCCUGCAGCACCUGGCCGCCCUGCGUCUGCAGUUCCUGUUCGGGGACAAAGCGCGGGUCACCUGGAGCCUGGAGAGCGUCUACCCCGUGGGCCGCCUGCGCAGCCGCAUCCUGCAGUUCACCAAGGUGGGCGGGGCCUCGGGAUCGGGCCAAACCCUUGAGCGGCGUAGAACCAGCUUCCUGGACGGCACGCUGCGCCGGGGGCUGAAGACGGGCUCCAUGAAGAAGCAGCGGAUGGAGGAGGAACAGAUGCUGGAGAUGUGGAUAAAGGAGGAGAUGUCCGCCACCCGGGCAAGCAUCGUGGAGAAGUGGACCCGCCUCAAAGGUCUGGACCAGCACCAGGCCAUGCUCAAAUACAUGACCUUCAUUAAAGAGUGGCCGGGAUAUGGAUCCACACUGUUUGAUGUUGAGUGCAAAGAGGGAGGAUUCCCACAUGACCUCUGGUUGAGUGUGAGUGCAGAGAACGUGUCUCUCUAUAAAAGAGGAGAGCCAAAGCCUUUGGAGACCUUCCCAUACGAGCACAUCAUCUUCUUUGGUGCCCCACAGCCCUGCACCUAUAAGAUCACAGUGGACGAGAGGGAGAUGUUCUUUGAGACACCACAGGUUGGAGAGAUCACAAAGAUCAUGAAAGCCUACAUAAACAUGAUUGUGAAGAAGCGCUGCAGCGUGAAGUCCGUUUCCAGUUACGGAACCAACUGGAUC